AUCAACAAGGAUCAUUGUUAGCUCUCGAAAGAUUCAAGGUAACUGGAAAAAUGGGAUUCGACCGCUUCAAGUCGAUCGAGAAAUGCAGCACGGAGGACGACCGGUCCAACCAGACCGCGGCCGCCGACCUCGUCGGCACUCUCCUCUGCUCUCGCAGCUUCUUCGCUUACUACAUGCUCGUCGCCAUUGAAGCCGGCAGCUUUUUCCGAGGGGUCCUCCUCCUCGCGUGCUACCCCGUAGCCUUCAUCUUGAGCUGCUUCUCCGAAUCGUCAGCGACGAAGUUACUCGUCUUCGUCGCCGUGGCGGGGCUCAAAUUGAGGGACGUGGAGAUGGUGGCGCGAGCCGUGCUGCCGAGGUUCUUCUCCGACGACGUGCACCAGGAGACUUGGCGCGUGUUUAAGUGCUUCGGGAAGAGGAUUAUCGUGACCGAGGCACCCCGAAUGAUGGUGGAGCCGUUCGCGAAGGGUUUUCUCGGGGUCGAGAUAGUGAUGGGGACGGAGUUGGAGGUGAACAAGUCAGGGAGGGCGACUGGGUUCGUCGCGAAACCGGGUGUUGUCGCUGGUAGUAUGAAGGGAAAGGCAGUGGAGGAGUUGGGAGAUGGUAACUUGCCGGAUUUGGGCAUUGGCGAUGCAGAGGAUGAUCGCCAUUUCCUGUCACUUUGCAAGGAAGGGUAUAUGGUGCGGCGGAGCACCAAGAACAAGCCGGCGGAGCAGGGGCAACUCCUCCGCCCUGUGAUCCUACACGAUGGGCGGUUGGCCCAGCGGCCGACUCCCGUGGUGGCUCUGCUGACCUUCCUCUGGAUGCCGCUCGGGUUCGCACUCGCCGUCCUCCGAAUCUACGUCAACAUCCCCCUGCCAGAGCGCGUCGUCUUCUACACCUACAAGUUCCUCGGCAACAAGUUGGUCGUCCGAGGUACCCCGCCGCCGCCGCCGAAGCCGGGACACCCGGGUGUCCUCCUUGUGUGCAACCACCGCACGAUGCUCGACCCAGUGAUGGCCGCCGUGGCCCUCGGCCGCAAGGUCAGCUGCGUCACCUACAGCAUCAGCAAGCUUUCGGAGUUGAUCUCGCCCAUCAAGGCCGUGGCUUUGACGCGCGAUCGGGAACAGGACGCGGAGCGCAUCCGGCAGUUGCUGGCGGAGGGCGACCUGGUGAUCUGCCCCGAGGGGACGACGUGCCGAGAGCCAUUUGUGCUGCGCUUCAGCGCACUCUUCGCGGAGCUCACCGACCGGAUCGUGCCGGUGGCGGUGAACACGAGGCAGGGGAUAUUCCACGGUACGUCGGCGCGGGGGUGGAAGGCGUUCGACCCCUACUUCUUCUUCAUGAAUCCACGGCCAACGUACGAGGUAACGUUCCUGGAACAGCUCCCGCAGAAGCUCACUUGCGCCGGCGGGAAGUCGGCUAUCGAGGUAGCCAAUUACGUGCAGCGGUCGAUCGGGUCGGCAUUGGGGUUCGAAUGCACGAGCCUCACCAGAAAGGAUAAGUAUGGGAUGCUCGCAGGGACCGACGGCACUGUUCCGGCCAAGCGCCAAAUCUCAAAAUCAUAAUUCAUGGCCGAGUAAUAAUCAGACAUUAAUUAAUUCGGAGCGGUGUGGAUUUUUUUUUUUUAACCUACUAUUGUUUGUGCGAAGAGAAAAAUUCAUGUGAAAACUUUAAACGUGUAGAAAUUUAUUUUAAAAGUCCUAUUUGUUCUCUCUCUAGAGUAUACUAGUCUCUUCUUCUUACCAUAAAAACAAUGUCAUGUCAAGACUCCAGGGAC